GGCCAACGGCCAACGAUUUCUGCGUGGCCAAGUUUAAUCCUCUUGAAGUAGUAAGUAAUGACCCACAUUGUCAUCCGUCCCUUCGGCUCUCCUGAAUCCUCUCCUGCAUGUCACUUGGUCGACGUACGAGUCUCCCUUAGCUCAGCGACAAGCCUUCUCUCUCUCCCGCCUCCCCUCAUAUUUUUCAUCUUGUUAUUUCCCCAGAUCCCCUCUCAUUAACUAGAACACCUCGCGAUACAUCAUAUCAGGGGCGAGACUCAGACUCUAGAUUUUCAGGUAUGUUCAACUCUUGUCGGAUUUGCCUUUUCCCCAUACUAUCUUGCACACUAAAUAAUUCCCGCUUACUAUCAUCCACCCCCUUGGCUUUUCUAGUAAUCUUUCGUUCUAUUUAUUCUUUUCGCCUUCAAUCUAAGAAAUAUACAUACAUCUAAACCUGUAAUGUACUAACUUCGGCUGUUGCUACCUGGGCCGUUUAGUGCUCAUCUACCCACUUUCGAUUCUCCGCCGCCACUAACCACCGUAUUCUCCCACUGCUGUUGGCAGUUCACUUACGAGGGCAUUAUCGCGUUACCGAGGCUAUUAUGGCUAGACAUCAAUCACUUGACUCCGAGAGACCGAUCAUGGCCCCAUCUAACCGAGCGUCGAAAAGGUUUUCAACUGUAAGCGGGAGCCCUUCAAUUGCUUCUUCAGGCACUAUUGGAAGCCUACCGAGCGGCGAUCCUCGUUUGGCCGAGUUCCAUCACCUUCGCGACGGCCUGGAGCGCCUCGAGAACAAGCCUCUCCAGAAGCAACGCUUCGUCCCUACCCCUGAAAAAAGUGACAACUUGAGCAAGCUGGCCCUGAGUGCAAAGGUGGAACGUGCGCUUGACCGGAGAAUGACUAGUCAGGAUGCUGUCAUGCGCAAGCCAGUGCUGAGCGAGAAAGCCGCUGAGCCUACAAGUUCUUAGCGGCAAGUCUCGUACAACGCCUUGGAUUGAUAUCUAUGUCUGCUCUCUAAUGUACUCUUGAGCAGCUGUUUUUCCUGGAGAGAUUCUUUUUCUUUUCUUUUUGGUUACACAUAUUGCAUGUUUUGCGGCCUUCUAUGGUGAAUCUUGUGAAUGAGUUCUGUACCUGCUAUACGUAUUCUUUGAUGAGAAGCUUGGCCUCUCAUGCCCAUCAUACCCCUCUUCCGUGCCGGAUAUCUGUUUUCCGAUGUUAUGGUUCUUACAUCCAAUUGUGCUUUAAUCCCUGAUGGCUCAGUGUAUCUAGUACUACUUCCCUUCCAAAUGUCAAUAGACUUUAAUGUGAAUGUAAUCUCGUUGGCUUUUGGUGAUGGGUGAUGUAAAUGAGAUCCACCCACCGGUUAGGCAGGCGGUAAAGCGAAAGCAAUGGGCGCUAAGAGGCGCCGCACUGAGCAACAAGUCCAAGGUCAU